UUUGUAGAGGUAUAUAUUGGGAGACAUUUCAAUGGAAUUGAUUAUAGUCUUACGUCAGUGCAUUGUUGAAGAAAACUUCAAAUUCAAGAUGAAGGUGAUCAUCUGUAUCUUUGCUGUUGUAGCUGUUAUUGAAGCUCGUAGUGAAGCAGUUUCUUGGGAGAACUUCAAAACCACUUUUUCGAAGUCUUAUCGAAACACAGUGGAAGAUAAGCAGCGUUAUAAUAUUUUCCUAUCGAACAUGUUGAAGAUCCAAGAACACAAUAAAAAAUUUGAAAAUGGUCAGACUUCCUACAGAAUGGGUAUCAACAAAUUCACUGACCUGACACCUGAGGAAUUCAUGGAGAAGAUGACAAUAUCGAAAUAUCCUAUGCCAAAAUUUGUCACGAAGAAGGUUGAAAUUGAUUUUGAUGGCGACCUACCCGCUGAAAUGAACUGGAAAAAGAAAGGAGUUGUUACAAAAGUUAUCGAUCAACUUAGCUGUGGAGCCUGUUGGGCUUUCAGUGCUACAGGUGCUGUAGAGAGUCAGCUCGCAAUAAAAACUGGACGGCUGAAUUUUCUGAGUGUACAGCAAUUGGUGGACUGCGCUGAAGAAGAUUGUCAUGGUUGUUAUGGUGGGUACAAUAACAAAGCUUUAGAAUACCUCAUCCAGGCUGGUGGUAUGAUGUUGGCAAAAGACUACCGUUACAAAGCUUCAGAGGGAAUUUGCAGAUUCAACAAAUCGCUUGUGGCUGUUCAAUUGGAUUCAUACGUAGCAGUUGAAGAAAAUGACGAAUCCGCUCUGAAAACAGCUGUGGCCACAAUAGGACCUGUUUCAGUUCUGAUUUUUGCAAGUGACAACUUGCAGACCUAUGAGUCAGGUAUAUUUUAUGAGAAUACAUGCAAAAAGGAGUUUGCAGAUCUUAACCACGCAGUAUUAGUCGUUGGAUAUGGUUCAGAAAAUGGUACAGACUACUGGUUGGUCAAGAACUCCUGGGGCGAUAGCUGGGGAAUGGACGGGUACCUUAAGAUGUCCAGAAAUAAGGACAAUCAAUGUGGAAUUGCAACAGCGGCUGUUUAUCCAAUCUUGAAGUGAUGAAUGUUAUAUUUCAAUAUUUUGUUAUGACUUGCAUGAUAUCCACUUGAAGCAAUAAAAAAUUCAAAUCUU